CAUAGGGCUUAUGUGGAUUAUUUGUAGGCUUGUGAAUCGUUUUUUUUUUUCUUAUCCAACAAAAUCAUUAGCCUAUAAGUAAUCCUAUAACAAUCCAUCUGGAGGAUUCUCACUUUGCUGUAGCCUAAAAUUUGAAUGAUAUCAUUGUAAGAAUAUAGUAUCACAGGAUUACUAUAAAUAUUUCUCAUAAGGGGAUUGUUUCCCUAAACCUCCUAUAUGAGAUUAACCCCGUUUUUUCCUAAAGAUGGAGGCUAACAGAAGUGGUUUGAAUCCAGUGCGGGUUUUUUUGUGCCAUUCACUCCUUAUUUCAUUUUCUCUUUCAGCUCAGUGACAGAUGGCGAGUCCCUCUCCCCCAGGGGAAGCCAGUCUCUGUGAAUGCGGCCGCAUGUCAAUCACCGGCUCUCAUGUGAUGGCUCUUGCCAAUGACGUGCCAGCCAUAUGGGCCUGGCAUCAGAGCUGGUAUGUAACCCACCCAGUCCUGCCUCUGAGGUGCCACACGGCUCCCUCCGCGCGUUUGGGGCUCGGGAUAGCAGCGGCAGCAGCAGCAGCAGAAACAGCAGACAGAUAGAGAGACAGAGCAGGGUGGCAGGAGAGAAAGAGAGAGAGAGAUAGAGAGAGAGAGAGAGAGAGAGAGAGAGAGGUGUGCGAGAGCAAGAAGCACAGCGCCUCGCCUGCACAAGCAUCCGUGCAGGGCGUGUGUGGAUGCGAUGCCCACCCGGAGAGAGAUGGUGUAAACAAACCCGCUUCAACCCCGUCACUGAGCCCCACCACGGAGGUUGCUUGCCACAAUGUUGAGCCGUCUGUUCAGCGAGGUGCUGCCGGACGUCCAGAGGCUCGCGGCUGACUGGGUGGAGGACAACGAGAGCGAGGACUGCAAGGCCAAGGACGAUGAGCACGAGCCCUGUCACCUCGGGGAGGACGACCUGGACGAGCCGCAGGAGGGCAGCAGUCGGGCCGAGUCUGAGAUGGCCGGCGACGACGACGACGAGGAGGACGACGAGGCCGAGGAGGAAGAGUGCGGAGACGAGAACAGCGGAGACAAACCCAAGAAGCGCGGCCCAAAGAAACGGAAGAUGACGGCGGCGCGCGUGGAGCGCUCCAAAUUGCGUCGACUGAAGGCAAACGCGCGGGAGCGCACGCGCAUGCACGACUUGAAUUCUGCGCUGGACAAUCUGCGCAAAGUGGUGCCGUGCUACUCCAAAACCCAAAAACUCUCCAAGAUUGAGACGCUGAGGCUGGCCAAGAAUUAUAUAUUAGCUCUUGGGGAGAUUUUACGCAACGGGAAGCGUCCAGAUGUGGUGUCCUAUGUGCAGAUGUUGUGUAAAGGCCUGUCACAGCCCACGACCAACCUGGUGGCAGGCUGUCUGCAGCUCAACACAAGGAACUUCCUGACUGAACCGUGUUCAGACGGAGCCCGCUUCCACAUGCCCAGCUCUCCUUUCUCCGUCCAUCCCUACCCCUACCGCUGCUCCCGCCUCUCCAGUCCGCAUUACCAGACCGGGUCCGGUGCGCUCAAUUUGCGUACCCAUUCCUACGGUCCUGGGUACGAGGCCGUGUACCCGCCGGGGGGGACGUCUCCUGACUACAGCAGUCCGGACUACGAAGGCCAGCACAGCCCCCCGGUCUGCCUGAACGGCGGACUGUCUGGGAGACAGCAGGAGUCCUCGGAGACAGACAGGAACUAUCAUUACUCUAUGCAUUACUCCGGACUGACCACGUCUCGACCCGGCCACAGCCUACCGUUUGGGCCCUCGGGUGCGCGCAGUGGCGGUGCGCACUCGGAAAACAUUCCACCUUUCCACGACGUGCACUUGCAGCACGACAGGGCUCCUCCAUACGAGGACCUCAAUGCUUUUUUCCACAACUGAGCCCCUGUAACCAGCCAGACUUAAUGACCUUCUAAUGAUAAUCCUAUAACGUGUAAUAUUGUCUGGAAAACAAGAGGAGCCUCUGAAAGGAUGAGAGAUGGAAGUGACAGAAAGAGUCCUCCGAUUACCUUCUGUAUUCUACUGAUGUCAUCCCUAUACUGUUGUACAUCCUAUCAAAGUGUGUCCAGUAUUAUCCUGUAUGCAGAACGAGUGCAAUUGACAUAAACGAUGUAUAGGCCCACGAGAAAAACAUGUUAUGACACAAACAACAGAAAUAAUAAAAAAAAUGUUUUAUAAUUGUCUGAAAUGAUCGAACAAAUCUUUUUGUGAACAUCAGAUGAACAUUCACUCUCGGGCUGUGUGUGCAGUAGGCCCAAAGCACAGGCUGCCCUGAUUCCAUGAAAUAAUCUCACGUUAAAAGUAUCUAAAAAACACAGGUAAUUUUAUUUGUUUGUUUGUUUUUUCCAAGCAAAAUAAAAUCCUCGUCUGAAAUAAUAUCAUCUGAAACCUUUGGCUGCUAAACUGUGAUUUUAUUUUUUUGUCUGAAAACAAAUAUGCUUCCUGAAGUGAUUUCAACAGUCCUGUCACACAUAUUUUGACAUACUCAUCUUUUUGUUUAUUUGAAUUAAACACUAAAAUCAUUUUUCACAUGGUUAAAUCCCAGAGGAGCUGAAGCCUGUAUUGUUAAUGGAUGACAUAAAUAUGAAAGCAAAUGUAAAAGUAAUUUUGCUCAUCUUGGUUUUCUGGUAAAUUUUAUCAGCCUGUAAACUGUGCAUCAAUGUGAAACCCUGAGUUUUAUGUUUCUUUGA